AUGAACUAUCUCUGUUUCCUAUUAUUUUUCUCCUCUGCAUUGGGUUUGAAGGUGUCACUUUUUAUGGAUGAUCUUUCAAGUAAUAGAAAAGAGCUGCUCUUAGGUUCCUUUGAUAUAGACGUACCAUCUAAAGCUAUUACUUCAAAGGCAUUCUUAGAAGAAGUUACAUUUGAUGCUGGAUCAUAUUGCAUAGGAGCAAAGAUAGAGGAUGAUGAAACACAAACUGAAGUGCCUUGUUUCUCCUAUCUAGAACUGGAAGCACCAUUACACCAUGACAUAAUAGUAGAUAUCUAUGAUGAAGAACUUUACAAGUUAACUUUCAGUUAUAAUGAGCAUCAUUUGGGCAUUAUUCCAAUUAUUAGAGAAGUUACGACGGGACCUACUGCCCCAGCCAUAAAAUUGAAAAAGGUAACCAAAACGUAUGCUGAUAAAAAGGUUAACCGAGAUGAAGGAACAGCCCAAUUCGCAGAGGAUGACGAAAUCGUUGAGAAAACAUGGAUACAAAAGAAUUGGAAAAUGCUAGUGAUUGGUUUGGUGUUGUACAAUCUGAUUGUCAACAGACCAGGUGGUGGUGAUAAAAAGGAGGAAUGA